GCAUGAAAAUUGCAAUAUGUAUAGCCUACGUCUUCUGUUUUGCAUGAGAAGAUGCCUACAAUUGCAAAGAAGAAAACGACUAAAUUUAUGUUUGUUUAAGUAUUUACGAACGGCCAGAGAUAUAUCGCAAGGAAGAGUAUCACACCAGGAUUAGUACCUAAGCUUCCAUGAACGGUCUAAAUCUUUGUCAGUCUUUUAUAUCUGGCGUUGAAACGGACACUGGGCAAGUUGCAAUAUUUUUAAAUUGGAAACGUUUUAGUGGAUACUUUGAGAAGGAUUUACGGAUCUGAAAAUUAUGAUGGAACAGAGCAGUGUUAUCAAAGUACACUUGGACAACGAUGAUGGGGAUGGAGGUGAAGCGGAAGAGAAAGCUAGAAAAGAGAAGAUGGAUUGUUCACAUCGCGUUAUCGAAAAAAGACGACGCGACAGGAUCAACAACAGUUUGAUGCAGUUAAGCAAAUUGGUUCCCAUCGAAAAAUUCAAACAAAAGCACUCUAGCAAACUAGAGAAGGCCGAAAUCCUAGAGGUUACAGUACAUUACCUCACCCAGCAGCAAAUGAAGAAGGAAGAGUAUGAAUUACCAACGGAGUCUUCCUUUACCCAUGACCGAAAAAUUGUUGAAAACAACGAAAAAAAUCCGAAAAACGAUCUUUUCGUUUUUCUUCGUGGCUUCAAGCAGUGCAUUGCUGACGCGACAAAGUUUUUCCACGAUGUUGAGGAGUUGGACGUUUCAGAAGGUCGAUGCUAUAGACUUAUACAACACUUGAAAAAACAAAUCGCGCGAUACGAGAAUAAAGAAAGGGAUUUGGCUAAUGCUGUCUGCGGCGAGCGCGUCGCUAUCUGGGAUAAAGAUGAAGUCAUAGAAACUACCAAUCGUGUCGUUUCCUCCGAAUCAAAUGUAGCCAAGCGAGAAAACGGAGAUGUGGACGGGGGCACGGUUUGUAAGAAAAUUCGCACUUCUGGUGAAGGACAUGGGAAAACAGAACAAUCAGCGAACAACGCCGAAGCAAGUCGAUCAUCCGACAGUACACCCACGACUUCAAACUCCGGGAACUCGCCCAGUAUCGAACCUAAUUCUUCUUCGCGUAAUUUCAUGCCUUUCGUUUUCCCCAAUAUGCCGAUGUUCGCAACGAUGCCGUGCGGUGGCGCAAACGCAAUGCCUCGGUUUCAAACGUCCCCUGCGCAGCCCUUCGGUUAUCAGUACCAGCAGCCGCCGCAGUACAUACCUUUGGCCAUGCCUCAGCUACCUGUGAUGGGAAUGAAUUUCAUGCCCAAUUUCGGAAUGAUGAACAGUGAUCAGUCACAAAAUGGAUCUUUGAACCCAGCUGUUCAAAACUCGUUGCAAAUGCAUCCUAGCAUGUCUGGACAACCAGUUCCAGGUAUGAUGCCCGCCGGAGUUCCAACGGCAUUCUUUCCUUCCAUGUACACCAAUGGCAUCCAUGCAAAUAUUAUGUCCAUGCGUCCAAGGGAUUCUGGGUAUGAGAGCUCGGAGAAGUCGUCGUCGUCGAAGGCCAGUGGCAGUGAAACAUCUCCCCAGUCCUUUUCGGAUGAUUCGUGUCAGUCGAAUGGUUGACGAGAUGAUGCCGAAGAUGUACAUAACUACAUGUUUCACCGUGCACAAGUUAGUAGACAUUGUGUGCGGUAGUUAUUACAAACACUUACAUGAAGUAUAUAUUAACUAUGAAUAUUCCAAAGUAGUACAUUGACGUAAUAGCGAAUGUGGGCAAUUUUAUUUUAGAUUGUAUAUCUUGAAUAUAAAUUUGCUUUUUUAGGCUCAUACCGUAUAGUGUGUAGUAACUUUUGCCAUUCCAGGCAAUGCCUUACUACUUUUAUUGGUAAUUCUUAUGGCCAAAUUCGUUGUUGCUUUUUCUUAUUAAAUUGAGAGACUCCGACCUUGUGUACACGGUGGAACUAUCUAUGACUCACUUCCUUUCACUUCCUCAUUUGUGUUAUCAUGUAUUAUAUCAAUAUAGUUGUAAUAUUAUAUUUGCAUAAUUGACUUCAAGACAGUUUUAAUUUGUGUGACUAUCGUACAACAUAACAAGUAAUUGUAGUUUGAAAUUUAGUGUAAAUUGUUAAAUUUCAAACUAUUAUUAUAAAUGUUUUAAGCAUGUUUCACUUCCUCAUACUAUUUUAAUGCGCAUCUAAUAAACAUGUAAAUAUGUUUAACUAUUCACAUAAAUUAAAGCUCUCUUGAUGGAUAUUAUUUACAACUUCAUUUUUCAUUAGGUAAGAGCACAAUAAACGCGUGAGGAUAGGCAACUUUGCUUCUCAUUGCCAGUAAGUAGGUCAGUGCCAGUAAGUAGGAUAUUGCCAGUAAGUAGGUUAUUGCUGGUAAGUAGGAUUUCAAUUUGAAUUUGUUGCAUAUGUUGUGCUUAAAACACCAUUGUACUCUUACAAUGAACAAUGAAGUUGUUAAGGAAUUAAUGGAUUAGUGUAAGGAGUUAAAGUAAAACCAUGGAAAAUAGUUUUUUUGACAUAUUUGUUUGUUCUCAUCUUUAUUAAUAAUAUAAUCAGUAGAGUACAUACCAUAUAAGAUUGAAAAUGAUGUCAAAGAACUCAAAACUAGAUUUAAAUGUAGUGUAUUCAGAUAUCCAUCAGAUGGUAAGAUUUUAUUAAUUAUAAUAAUUCAUAGUUUGAACUGUAUUGUUUAUGAAAUAUAUCACAGUGCAAUUUAUUACUAAUUGGACUUGUAUUGUAAGUGGAUUGAUAGAAUACUAUCACAUGUAAUAUAAAGAAUUGAUUGAAUGUC